UAAGAAGUAAGAAGCAUGACGACUACCCUUACUCGUUCUGUCUACAAUGAAAUCGGCCCUUAUGUAAACUAAAAAUUUAAUUUAUAAGAUAUUCUUAAAUUAAUUCGUCUGUCCACUAUUACUGGAUAAUUGGUUCAAGAAUAGAACUCCUAAGAGUGAGUAGGAUUUUCAAACCUAAUUGUUUCAACCUGGUAUGAGAAUGAAGAUUCCCGUUGUGGAACAAUCAGCAAACCUCUUUAGCAGCCAAGAAUCCUCAGCAGGAUACUUGUCGUCAGACAACUCAGAAGCCGGACAACAGGAAGAAGGCGAAUCCAAUCCCCUGUACAGUGGUGGAGAAACCCCAACAGCGUCUGAUGAUUUUUCUGAAUAUCUGUGGAUGGAAAAUGAAGAGGAAUUUGAUAAACAGAUUCUACAGCAGUUGGAAGAAGAGGCUCUGAUGGAACAUUGUUUGGAGGUUAUGAUGGAUCACGAACAUCAUUUGGACACCAUGAGAUUCUUAUCCUCUCUAAGCUCUGAUGACACCCAUUCACCCUCAUGGAGCGGGGAUCAACAAGCUCAGAAUGGAUCUGAACUCUGCCGUCAGAUGUCAAACUUGAGAGUUCAGGAUAAAGAUGAGUUAGCCAAGCAGAGCACUUUGAAUCCAAACGCUGCUGAGUUUGUGCCCCAAUCGAGGACUUCUAGCAUCCCUCUGGUAGAAAAAUCAUCUUAAAACACACCUACAACGAGAUCACAUCAUUCUCCUCUAGGCUGUGAAGAAUUGUCGUUUGUGCAGUCUGCAACCCACCAAUGAAAUUUUUCUUUGUAAUUUACUGAGUUUGCUUAUGAUUCACUGCCAAUUUUCAACCCCAAUCACUUGAUCUGAGUGAGUCCGUCCUGUCCUUGUAGACUGCAAACCUCAUAUUCUUUACAAACCAAACCUUCCCUUUCCCUUAGAUUCUAUUCUAUUUAUUGAUUUUCACCAUAUUUGUAGUACAAAUAAUAUUGUCAUUAUUGCAUAGCAAGAAUACUCAGUUGUGUGGUGUAUUAGUUUAAAAGGCAGGUCCCAUUUCAUGACAGGAUAUCACAGGUAUGAUCUAUUCUGCCCAAACCCCCAGUCUCCACUAUUUCGUUGUUUAAAUCAAGAAUGCAUGUUUCUAAAUAAUAACUUGUGAGCUUAAUCCUGCAAAAUUUAUUUAUAUUGUAAAUAUUUUAUUGUUCCUAAAAGGAAUUAGUUGUUUAUAAAACUUUUCUUUCAGUAUGCGGUUCAUGAUAAACAUUUCAUAAUUAAUAUUAUUCUUCUGGCGAUUGAAAUUUACUUGUUAGGGAUAGGAUAGGAUAUAAAUAUAUUCAGCUACUUAAGUGUAAGCAUGCAAGAGGAUAGGUUAGAAUGACAUGAUCAUAGUCAGAAUUGAAGUAAAUAUGUAGUACACCAAAUAGAUAAACGUGUAAAAAAUAAAUAUCAUUUUCAAUGUUAAAAUCAUAUAUUUUAAUGAUCACUUCUAAACAUACAAGGCAAUUUUUUUAAUCCUUAGAAUGUUUUUACUGGCUGCAUACUGGCCAGCAUUAGAGUCACAUAGAGGAUUUAUGUAAAAAAUAAUAAUGUCAAUAUGAAUAUCAUAUGUGUAAGUAACCCAUUUCAAACUUGUUUACCUUAAAUAAAAAUGUUUUCCUUAUGUUUAAAAAUGUUUUAACCAUAGUUAGGUUCUUAUACGAAAAACAAACGUCGGUCAAAGUAAGAUAGAGCUUUAACGGACAGCGAUUCCAAGGAUUAAAAACCCUGACUGACAAAGUGAGCAUCCUUGGGGGUUCCACUAAUAGUUACCAUGAUAGAUAAUGUAAACGUUUUUAUUUUAUUUGUCUUAACAUGACAUGUGUUUACAGAGGGGUUAAAUUUUUCUUUUUUACAAGAUGUAAAAAACACAAUGUGUUGUUGGGCAAACAAUUUUUAAAAGGGUUACUUGUGAAGUUUUCUUUUAAAAAUCUAACUUAGCCUUAAAAAAAUAUCAUUUGCUUAAAAUUAAAAAUGGUAAAGAAUGUAUAAAGGACGGUUGUGUGAGACUGAAAGGUGCUUGGUUAUUAAAUUAUGUAAAUUUGAUUCUUAUUGUAAAUAAACCAUUUCAUUAACUAAAAAAAUGUUGUGUUUUAAGUCCAUAGUGUAUAUUGUUUGUGUUUAUCUACGGCAUUGGGUGUAAGGAAUGGGUCCAACCCUUGUCUUGUUAGACAGCAUCAUUAGUUUGAAAACCCAAUGAAUAAUAGCGGGUCUGGUAACAAUUAUAGGCAAGCACUAUAACCACCCGUCUCCUAUCAAGUUGUAGUAAAAAAAUGUAUUAGCAAUUGUAAUGCAAUCUGUUAUUAUUGUAUUUAAAGCUGAGAUUAAAACAAGCGUAAAAAAAUUAGUAAAUUUAAGCAUUUGAAAAUAUUUUAAUUAGUUUUUCAUACCCAGCGUAUUUUAUCUUUAGAUUUUUCUACAAAUCUCAACACUGACGUUGUUGUAUCAGAUACUAUCAGCGCAUUAUGAUGCCACAUUUGCAGCCAAUGUUGUGACCCAUACUGACAUCAAAUAGUAGGAAUGUACGUUUAGUAAUCCAAAAACAUUCAAUCUUACUAUAUGACACUUAGGUAUGCAAGUGUCUGAAAUAACUGUAUGGAAAUGUCCCUUAGCAAAAAAGGUAAUUAAAAAAUACAACCUACAGUAAAAUUCUCUUUAAUUUGAGUUUUUUUGGAGAAAACUUCAGACCUAUGGAUCCCAACAGUAAUUUCAUCAUAAUUAAGUGACAGAUCAACAUUCUUGAUGGUUCUUGGGUUCCAUUAAAUGCAAGACCUUGUUACAUAAUCACAAUUAUCUGAAGAGUCCAUUAUGGAAAUAGGAGUAUUGGGUGUUGUAACAGAUUAGAUAAUUUGUUUAAACAAACUUUUUUAAGUAAUUGUUUAAGGGUUUUGUAUUAGCAUAGUGUAUAUUUGAUUAAGUUAUUAAUUAUUAAACAUUUGGUCUUUUACUUAUAAUACAUGUAAAGCUUUUAAGUAAAGGGUGAUUUUUAAAUUGAAGGUUAUUAAAAGGAUGGUAAUAAGUUAGUACACGAUAAAACGCCUAAACGGUUUCACAAUAGUAUAUUACGUUACUAGUCCUGAAAAUAAGUGUUUACCGGACGAGUGUGGUCGUUCCCGUGCGAGACGAAGUCGAGUACGGGAUUACCAUACGAGUCCGGUACACACAUUUUGGACGAGUUACGUACGAUAGUUUACAGCACACUACUACAUCCGUACAAAUCCUUAUAUAUUUCCACCAAUUAAAUUACUAAAAAUCACUAGUCAUAACCUCUCUAGAGAGGUUAUGUUUUUGUUUAUAGCCACUCACUGCCACCUAAAUACAGUCAGGUGAUUGGUGUCCGGUAAAACCUCAUUUGAAUAAGCUGGCGGCAAACAGCUGUUUUCUGGACUAAAUCCUUGCGUGGGAAGUUUUUCAAAAUAAUGUAGUGUGGCGUAAAAUACUAUUUGUAAUCCUUGUGUGUUGCCUUUCAAAGGUUAUCACUAUAAAAUAUGGUUAGAAAUGCUAAUUUUCUUUUAUUUCAACUAUCAGUUGAACAAAACCUACAGCUGUGAAGUAAAUGAUAUUUGUAGACAUUCUGUACAAAAGAGCAAAAAGUUUAUUAGCCAACUAACACGCAAACUUAACUCAAUUUUGUUCAUAAAUCUCUGUUCCAUAAAUGGCAAGAUAACAACUUUUUAACAUUUAAAAAUGGGGAACUUUUUGUGUGAAUGUCCUUAAAAAUACCGACAUUAAGAGUUUUGUCAAUCAAGAUGUAGGUGAACAACAACAAAAACAGCUAUGGAUAAAAGGAUAGGAUAUUACUAUUGUGAUUGUGUUUAAACUUUUAUACUUAUUUUUAUCUUUGAGGAAAUGAAAGUCUAGUCUCUUAAUUUCAGUACCGUAUGGAUUUUACAAAUGGUUGUGAGAAUAUUUGUUAUUUUUUGUUUUAUUCCCUAUUAACAAUAUCUUAAAAUUAUAUUUUUAUGAAUUAUUUUAAGGAUUAUAAGAGUAAUAUACUGUACCUACUAAAAAAUCUUGGUGAAGGUUUUCAUUCUACCCAUCUGUUUUUAUUUCUUUACAAGGACAAUAAAGCUGUAAUUUUUAUUUUUUUAUUUUAACUUUAUUAGUGUUAGAAAAAAAACCAUUGUGAACAUGUAAUAUUCCCACACUGUUUUACUGUUGUGUAUCAGCCACUCUUGUUAAAAAUGUAUAAAUCAGUUAUAUGUGUAUAAGAAAAUCCCCUCCCUAGAAAACUUACUACUUGUUAACCCAAAGCAGGCCCAUACAAAUUGGGCUAAGUAUAAAAUAAAUGGUGAUGUUAAAAUUUAAACACAGUUAUUUGAAAAAAUCUAACAUUUUAAAAAGAAAAUGCUUCUCCUCUAUACAAGCUUAAAGUUAUUUUGUUUGCUUCUCUUUUUUGUAUCUAAAUAGGCAUCACACUCGGGUGAAAUUGGUUUUGAAUGUAUUUACUUGUAUUCACUGUUUUGAUCGUUAAUUUUAAAUGUAUAAUUGGGAACAAACAAUGUGUAUUGUCAUUAAAGAGUUUUGAGUGUGAAGUACAAAUCCCCCUUUGGAUGUCAUCUUUCUGUAGGAUUGUCAAUCACCCUAAUCAUUUUAGAGAGUAGUCAUAGAACAGCUUUGUUAUUUGUCUAUUCUUUUUGUUGUUAUAGUUAAAAUUACUUGCAAUAUGGAGCAUAAGGUAUAUCAUAUUUUGUGAAUAAAAUACUUUUAAAACUG